CGUCUCCAGAUCGAAACAGCACAUGUGAAGUCAGGCAGGAAGGAAGCUGAGCGGUUGUCUCUCCUCUCUGUUUAUAUAGACCUGCCACUUCCUCAGGCUGACCACUCUGGUGCUGCAGCCUGAAGCUCCAGAGAAUGACAGAGGAGGAGGUGUGUGUGUCCAGUAAGGGGGAGGGUCUAAGAGGAGAGGAGGAGGAGACAGGAACAAAACAGAAGAGAGUGCAGCAGAGACAGACAGAGAGAAGUGGAGCAGCAGAGAGAGUGACACACUGCUCGUUAAACAUGGAUUUAAGUUUGCUUCAAGCUCUGGAGAGAGAAAGAGUCCUUGAGGUUCUACGGAGAGACAAACAGCUGCGUAUCAUCGAGGAGGACAGGAUCAGGAGGAUGAAACAUGAGCUCCAGGAGCUUCGGAGGAGAGGUGCCAAGAGUUUCGCCCGGCAGUACGGCGAGCGGACCUGCGCCCGCUGCCAGAGGCCCCUGGGAAAGUUGUGGAACUCGGGCGCCGUCUGCCACGGCUGCAGCCACCGCAUCUGCAGCAAGUGCCGCGUGGGCGUGGGAGCUGCGGACUGGAAGUGCACGGUGUGCCACGCCUACAGGGAGGUGAAGUUCAGGUCUGGAGAGUGGUUCACGGAGGAGAGGGCAAAGAGAUUUCCAGUCACCACAGACAAAUAUGAGAUGGUUGGGGAGAAGCUAUUAAAUACCUACAAUGUGCUGAGUUAUAUAUCAGUCGUGCCUCCCACCCCUCCACCCCACUUGGAUUAUCCGUUUCUGAGCAGAUCUGGGGAUUUGAAAAACUCAAAACCUUUUACCAAAUCAGUGGAGGAUCUGAUGGUUUCCUUCACCUCUCAUAUCAGAAAGAUUUCCACCUCUCAGAAUGACGUGCGAGGAGACCUGCUGAGUGUCGAAGGCAGACGGAGAGGGUCAGGCUUCAAAUACAGCAGCCAGAAGAGUCUUUCUGACACAGACAUCAACAAAUCCAGCCAUCUCUUCAAAGGCCCGAGUCUCCCAAACCUGUUUAAGAAAAGCAAAGACAGCGACCAGGAGGGCUCGUCCACUGGGCCGGAAGAAGAAACGUCCUUCGGUUCUGAGUACUCAGGAGGAAAGAGAGGCAGCAGCAGCAGCAGCAUCAGCACAGACUGCAGCCUGUUCGAGAGCAUCAGCGUGGCAGGAGAGCUGGAGCUCGCUCUGACCUACAACAGCGACACUUCCUGUCUGGAGGUCACGGUCAGCGCCUGCAGGAACCUCACGUACGGAGACGCCAGGAGGAAGAAGUGUCACCCAUACGUUAAGCUCCACAUGCUGCCGGGGAGGAGCGGCAAAAUGAAGACGGCAGUCAAGAAAAACAAAACGGAUCCGGUUUAUAAUGAGGUUUUAAAGUUUCACAUAGAGCGCCACCUGCUGUUAGGAAAGAGGCUGCAGGCAUCUGUGUGGCAUUCAGGGACCCUAAGGAGGAAGGUGUUCCUCGGCGAGGUCCUGGUCCCACUGGACGGCUGGAGGUUCGAGGACAAACACUCCCAGCGCUUCAACUGGUACCCACUGUGUCCCAAGGCUGAGAGUCCAGAGGGCGGUGCUGUGGAGCAGGACGGAGCAGAACCGCUCAGACUCAAGCUGAACUCCAACAACCAGGGUGAGCUCCUGCAGCUCAGCUCCCUUAAAAGUCUGCAAGAAAACAACACGCGUCGAUACAUAAUUUAAUUUUAAUGUAUUGUUCUGCAUUUUUGCGCAAGAAAACUUCUGUCCGUCUUCUGGUUAUCUUUAAUGUUCACCAGGUCUUGGAAAUGGAUAAUAUUGGAUUUGCUGAUUUGUACAAAAGCACUACAUCAUGUUUAACUUGCUUUUUUUGUUAAUUUAUUAAAAAAAAUUUAAUCUUAUUUUGACCCUUACUUUCUCAAAUGACAUGAAGCUUUAUUUAUAUAUUUUUUGUAUUG